UUGUUGUGUUCUCACUUUCUUUCUGCUGUGCUUUCCACUUUAUUUUCCCCUACCUGUCAGUUACAGGGACAAUUCCAUUUAAGUGGGAUGCACAAAGCUGGAGAUGUGGUUUUUGGUGGGCUGUUUGAAGGUCACUUCUUUUCAGUCUUUCCCGACCUGUCUUUCACCUCAAAGCCACCACAACCGACCUGCCACGGUUUUGAUGUUUUAGGAUUCAGACAGGCCCAGACCAUGGCCUUUGCUAUUGAUGAGAUCAACAGAAACUCCAACCUGUUACCAAACGUGACUCUGGGAUACAGUCUGUACGAUAACUGUGUCAAACUCAGCAUUGGAUUUCGUGCAGCGCUGACUUUGGCCAACGGUCAGGAUGAGCAAAUCACUUUAAAUGAGACCUGUGUAGGGAGCCCUCCAGUUGUAGGAAUUGUUGGUGAUUCAUCCUCAACUCGUUCUAUUGCCAUCUCUGCUGUCCUAGGUUUGUACAGAGUACCUAUGGUGAGUUAUUUUGCCACCUGUUCCUGCCUGAGUGACCGGCAAAAGUUUCCAUCUUUCUUUAGGACAAUUCCUAGUGAUGCGUUUCAGGUACAUGCUAUGAUUCAGAUUUUGAAGCACUUUGGAUGGACCUGGAUGGGUCUGCUGGUCAGUGACGAUGACUAUGGACUCCACGCUGCUCGAUCCUUCCAGUCUGACCUGGGACCGAGCGGUGGAGGUUGUCUGGCCUACUUAGAGGUUUUGCCAUGGAGCAAUGAUCCAACUGAAAUACAGAGGAUUGUGGGUGUGAUGAAAAAAUCCACAGCUCGUGUCGUCAUCGUGUUUGCUCAUGAAACCAACAUGAUCAACCUUAUGGAAGAGGUGGUGAGGCAGCAUGUGACAGGCCUGCAGUGGAUGGCCAGUGAAGCCUGGACAGCAGCCACUGUGCUCCACACUCCUCAGUUCAUGCCGUACCUGGGCGGCACUCUGGGCAUCGCUAUACGUCGAGGGGAAAUACCUGGACUCAAGAACUUCCUGUUACAGAUACGGCCCGACUUGCAUCACAACACCUCCUAUGGAAAUAGCAUGGUAAACCAGUUUUGGGAAUUUAUGUUUCGGUGUAGGUUUGCACCUCCUCCAGCAGGUUGGGUGGAAGCUGGAGGAGCACUGUGCACAGGAGAGGAAGAUUUAGAAAAUGUGGAGACUGAAUUCCUGGACGUUUCAAACCUCAGACCGGAGUACAAUGUGUACAAAGCUGUGUAUGCUCUUGCAUACGCUCUUGAUGAUUUGCUGCAUUGUGAGCCUGGAAGAGGGCCUUUCAAAGGGCACAGCUGCAGCAGUGUACAAAGACUGGAGCCCUGGCAGCUGGUGUAUUCCUUGGAAAAGGUCAACUUCACGACACCAUUCGGUGAUCAAGUGUCAUUUGAUGAGAAUGGUGAUGCUCUACCAGUAUAUGAUGUGAUGAACUGGAUAAGUCUCCCUGAUGGAGGAGCUGAAGUUCUGACCGUCGGAGAGGUGAAGGGAUCGGCCUCCAAAGGAGAUGAACUCAUUCUCGAUGAAGACAAAAUCUUCUGGAAUUUUGAAUCAAAUCAGUCACCUCGCUCAGUGUGCAGUGAGGACUGUCCUCCAGGGACACGCCUGGUGAGAAAAAAGGGAAAACCUGUGUGUUGUUUCGACUGUGUCCCAUGUCCCAAGGGAAAAAUCACCAAUAAGACCAACUCAAUGGAGUGCAUCAGCUGUCCAGAGGAUUUCUGGUCCAGUCCUCAGCGUGACCACUGUGUUCCCAAGAAAACUGAGUUCCUCUCCUAUCAUGAACCUCUGGGUAUCUGUCUGACCACUGCUUCACUGCUGGGCACAUUUAUCUGUGUUGUCGUUCUGGGGAUCUUUUUCCAUUAUCGAAGGACGCCUAUAGUACGAGCCAACAAUUCUGAGCUGAGUUUCCAGCUUUUAUUGUCACUUAAACUUUGCUUCCUGUGUUCACUGUUAUUCAUCGGACGGCCCAGACUGUGGACGUGCCAACUGAGACACGCAGCCUUCGGGAUCAGCUUUGUGCUUUGUGUCUCAUGUAUCCUGGUUAAAACCAUGGUGGUUCUGGCUGUGUUUAAGGCCUCAAAGCCAGGAGGAGAGGCCAGUCUGAAGUGGUUUGGUGUGAUGCAGCAGAGAGGAACAGUUCUGGUUCUCACUUCCAUUCAAGCAGCAAUCUGCACAGCUUGGCUUGUCUCCGCCUCACCGUCCCCUCAUAAAAACACACAAUAUCACAUUGACAAGAUUAUUUAUGAGUGUGUAGUCGGGUCCACAAUAGGUUUUGCGGUUUUGCUGGGUUACAUCGGCUUACUGGCCAUCCUCAGUUUUCUGAUCGCAUUUCUGGCAAGAAAUCUCCCAGAUAACUUCAAUGAGGCCAAACUCAUCACUUUCAGCAUGCUGAUCUUCUGUGCUGUGUGGGUGGCCUUUGUUCCUGCUUAUAUCAGCUCUCCAGGUAAAUAUGCAGAUGCUGUGGAAGUAUUUGCCAUCCUGGCUUCCAGUUUUGGCCUCUUGGUGGCGCUGUUUGGACCCAAAUGUUACAUAAUCCUGCUGAGGCCAGAGAGGAACACAAGGAAGGCCAUCAUGGGUCGAGGUAUUGGAUCAUAG